AUGGCGGACCAACCGCAGGAUGUUGAAGAAGACUACCCACGGAGGUCGCAUCUGGGGCCUCAUUCUGGCAGGCACCCCAUCCCUACUAUCCAAGGCUACAAGGAGCAUAGGAGAGAUCUGAAUGACCAGCAACAGCAAGCAGAGGCAGCUCAGGAGGGCCCCGAGGACGAGUCAAAAGCCAGGAGGGCAUAUGACUCAGUCAAGACCAUCUUCAAGGGAGAAGAUGACCCCAAAAGCCAGCAUGAGCCCUACUCGUCGACUAACCGACAUUAUGUCGUGCCCCCCGGCCAACAGGCCCAGGAGCAGGGCCAGGAGCAGGAGCAGGAGCAAUCACCACCAGGCGAGCAGGGUGUAGAUACUCGCCAAUUCGGCGAGACAACCCAGGAUGGCGACGAGCAACAGCAACAGCAACCGCAACCGCAGCAACCGCAACCGCAGCAACAGCGCGAUGACUCUAAAGAUGGGGGUCCACAGGAAAAGACAGCUACCGAACAAGUGGCCAGCACCGUCGACCCUAAGGAGAAGCGCAAGGCCAUGAAGAAGUUCAAACGCCAGACUGGAGGUCGCGAGGUCACCGACCCAGUCACCCAUCUGCCCAUCAUCAUCCACGACCAGACCGACAAGGACCUGAAGUCUGCACCGGAAAACGAACCAGAGCCCGGCGAGCACCACACCACGGCGACAGGCCCACAAGGGGCGUCUAAGUCGGAGGAGGAGCUCCAGAAGGAAUGGGAGAUGGUCCAGAAGGGCCACAACGGCGUGCAGAGGCUCUUCCCGCCGCCCAAGUUCUCCGAGCUCAAGGAAGAGCUGGCUACGGCGUACCAGUCGACUAUCCGGGCAGGCCUCUCGGUGAUCGGCGUCGUUGCCGCCGCGCCGUUCCUCAUCUCGUCCCUCCAGGGCCGGCUGCUGCCGCACUGGUCGACGGUGCUCAGCGUGCUGGGCUUCCUCUCCGUGACCCUCGGCACCGCGUGGGGCAUGGGCCAGUGGAUAUCCAAGAAGGUCGAGGAGAUUGUCGACGACGAGACGUGGGACGCCUCCAGGCGGGAGGAGGAGGCUACGGUUGAGUCUGACGCUGAGCUGCCCGAGUCGGCGCAGUGGCUCAAUAGCUUUGUGGCUUCGAUAUGGCCGCUCGUCAACCCUGAUUUAUUCUCUUCUCUGAUAGACAUGGUGGAAGACAUUAUGCAAGCAUCUCUUCCAAAAGUCGUGAAGAUGGUUUCGAUCGAUGAUAUGGGCCAAGGAAACCAGUCAUUGCGGAUACUAGGAAUCCGGUGGCUACCAACAGGUGCCGCCAGCCGGACUGUGGGCCCAAAUGGCAAGCUUGAGAAUACGGACAAGGACAAGAACAAGAGCAAGACGAGCGACCGCACGGAUCCACAGGCCGCACAAGAGGAAGGCGCCGACGACGAAGCGUCUGACGAGAACCAAGACAGUCAGGGCGAUGAAGACAAGAAGAAGACCAAGGAGGAAGAGCAGUCCGAGGCUGCCAUGCGCGAGGGCAUGGAGGCCGAGGAGGGCGACUUCGUCAAUCUGGAGCUCGCAGUGGCUUACCGCAGUCGGGCCACGGGCAAGUCCAUCAAGGCCAAGGCCAAGAACGCACACCUGUUCUUGAAGUUCUAUUCGGUAGGCGGUGUGGCAUUUCCGGUUUGGGUAGAGGUCAGGGGCUUCAUCGCAACUCUGCGCCUACGACUACAGCUCACUCCUGACCCACCCUUCGUCAGCCUCUGUACUCUUACCUUCCUUGGGCAACCCAAGGCUUCCCUAUCGUGCGUUCCGCUGUCAAAGCAUGGGCUUAACUUGAUGGACGUACCAAUGAUAUCGUCUUUCGUCCAAUCAGCCAUCGAUGCCGCUCUAGCUGAGUACGUGGCACCCAAGAGUCUAACCCUAAACCUCAAGGAUAUGCUCGUGGGCGAGGAUUUCAAGAAGAACACGACCAAUCAAGGCGUCCUGUAUAUUUUCAUCAAGCGUGCUCGUGGCUUCAAACAGGGCGAUGGCGGGAUCGGAUCCUCAGGAGGGUCAAGUGACGCAUACGUGACAGUCGGCUGGGGCAAAUUCGGCAAAACGGUAGCCUCGACCCGGAUUAUUGAGGCAACGCAAGAGCCAGACUGGCACGAGAACGCCACUAUUUUGGUUUCGGCGGAGGAGUUGAACGCCGAGGAGAAGCUGCGAUUGCAGCUCUGGGACUCGGACAAACACACAGCAGACGAUGAUUUGGGCCGGGUAGAGGUCGACCUCAAGGAGUUAAUUCACAGGCCUGAGAGCCACAAUAAGAUGCAGGACCGCGAAGACCGCUUCACCGGUCAAGACCCCGACGAGAAGAUGCCCGGAACGCUACAGUGGUCAGUCGGGUAUUUCUCCAGGGUGAGGAUCACGCAGCAGCAGCUUGAGCAGCAGACUGUCGACGAGAAGAUCCGGACAAAGGAGCAGCUCAAGGAACACGUCGCUGAGCAGUCUGCAAACAAGCUGAGGGAGGCCGGGAAGGCGCCAGACGACGAGGAGCUCCACCAGCAGCGUGCCCAGGACUACAUGGAGCUCGAGGACAAUAUGGUCAUUUCUGCACCACCCCCACAGGACUAUGUCUCUGGUAUCCUUAGCGUGCAGAUACACAACAUUACGGGCCUAGAGGUCCAAAAGCUGCGCAAGCGAGAUAAGAAGAACGGCGAAUCCGAUAUCGAAGAAGAAACAGAGACGGAUGACGAUAUGCCUGACAGCUACUGCAACGUUAUGUUGAACCACAAAAAGAUUUAUCGAACCCGCACAAAGCCGAAGAACUCAAAGCCGUUCUUCAACGCUGGCACAGAGAGGUUCGUCAGGGAUUGGCGAUCUAGUGAGGUCAUCAUCGCUGUUCGUGAUGCCCGCGAGCGCGAAGACGACCCACUCAUCGGUAUAGUGUACCUGCCGAUCGGGAAGCUACUCAAGGAUAGGAGCCAGGUCAUGCAGAUGUACCCCCUCGUCGGCGGGAUCGGGUUCGGCCGAGCGCGCAUAUCUAUCGUGUGGCGCAGUGUCGAGCUGAAGUUGCCCCCGAAUCUGCUCGGAUGGGACUACGGAACGCUCGAGAUUCGAGGCGGGAUCCGAGUCAAGGGCUCGCUACCGCAGAAACCUACCAAGAGCCGGCUCAAGAUCCGCAGCGACCUUGGCAGAGUAAAAAUGUACCCAAACGACGGGCAGGGAGAGUGGCUGCUCAAGGGUAAAGACAGCAGAGACGGGAGCGCAUUCCUACCUGUGCGGAAGCGAUACAGUUCCCCGCUGGUUCUCGAGUUCCGUGAGUCCGCACUCGGGCCGGACAAGUCGCCUGCUUUUGCCGUGCUGUGGCUGCGUGAGCUCGUUGAUGAGGAGAGCGAGACGAGGGUGCUGAAAGUUUGGCGAGGUGGCAAGCAGCAGAUUGCUAGGGCCGAAUCAAAUUGUGAUUACAACGGGACGGAAGAGGGUGAAGAGCCUCUCGGCGAGGUCGAGGUGGAGCUCAAAUUCUGGCGAGGACUUUCCGGAUACCACAAGCGGUUCGCUUCCGGGUCCAGAAAGGGCAAUAUGAAGGAUGUGAUGGAGUGCCUUGACACCAUAACGGACGAGACCCUAAUCCAAGACGAGGACGAAGUCGAAGACGACGAAGACGAGAACUCGAGCUCUAGCAACUCGGGCAACUCGGGCAACUCAGGGAACUCAGGGAACUCGGGCAGCAGCGGCGACAAGGCAGCCAAGAAGCGGCUCAAGGUCCACACGAACGACUCGUCCUCCUCAGACUCAGAUGGCUCAAGCGACGGAGAGGAGGGGGCCAAGUCGCGCUCGACCUUCUCGUUGGCGAACCUGAAAAGGGCGCCCAAGAAGAUCCUGCGCAACCCGGUCGAGGGCACGACGUCGACUGCGGCGUCGGUUAUCGCCCCCGGCCACAACGACUCUGAGGAUGGCUCACGCGGUGUGCGCAACCAGCUGCGCGACUACAAGGACCACCACAAGCAGCUGCACCGCAAGCACCGCGGUAUCAUGCAGUGGCGCGCCGCGCGUGAGGUUGACCACCUCGGGAGCAAGUUGAGUGAUCUGAAAGGAAAUGACAGUGCCCUUGAUGGCCUUCUCUGGGAUGACCUGUGGGAUAAUCUCCUGUGGGAUAACCUCCUGUGGAAUAACCUCCUGUGGGAUAACUCCCUCUGGGAUCGCCUCUCCAGGGUGACCUCUCCAGAAUAA